CACCGAUCGGACGUCUCGCUCUGAUCUUCUAGCCAACUGAACUCUGUUGUAGUGUGGAGAUGUCUGGGCGUCUGGGGCUAGUGAGCUACACGGGAGACUCGGAGAUCUCUGACGACGAGGAGCUGGAACAUGAGUCCACGGGACGGACUCCGCCGGCCGUGGUCGUCCAGGGGCUCGGCAUCCCUCCCUCACGCUCGGCAUCGGCCGCCGGGCGACUCGUCUCCACGACGCCACCCGCGUUCGUCCCUCCCGUGGUCCAGUCGGCACCACUCCUCGUUGACUACAUGGAGGAGGACGAUAUGAACGAGAGUCGAGUCGACGACAGCGUGUUUGCGGCGCCCACAGAACGAGAAGAAGACGUGGAAGACGGCAGAAUCUCUACCUCGCCUCUGUUGCUGGCGCCAGAUGUAAUGGACGAGGCCACGAAGUCUGACACCGAGUUCGAUUCCACGUCUUCCCAACCGCCUCUCUUCUUGCCUCUAAAUAAUGCGCACCUCCCUCCAGAACCCCCAGGCCGCUGCUCGAAGGCGCUGCAAGACAAAGUGGUGGCGCUCCUACAGAAGGAGCAGCGGCUGGGGCUGGACCUGAACAAACACCUCCAGGGUCGCAAGGACUUCCGGAACCCCAGCAUAUACGAGAAACUAGUGGCUGUACUUGACUUGGACGAGUUUGGAACAAACUUCCCUGAGCAUCUUUACGACCCAAAAUCAUGGGGUGAAGAGUCUAACUACAAGAACCUGCUGGAGGCACAGAAGAAGGCAUACGAAAAGAAGGAGAAGGCAAAGUUGCAGGAGCGGACAAAGAUAGAGUUUGUGAAGGGGACAAAGAGACCUGGAGGCAGUAGUGGAGGUGGUAGUGGGGGAGAAGGGGCAAAGAAGGCUCGCAAGAGCAAGUGGGACGUUAGCACGGCGGCUGACUCGAGUGGAGGGAGCAAAGGGAACACUCCCAACAAACUCGGAGAGAUUGGUGCGCAGGCGCGCGCACAGGCCACGCAGAUUAGCAAAGAGUUGAGCAAACUAGCGAAAUGAUGCAAUUUAGAGAGCUAGCUAGAGAGAUAAAACGCUUCGUGCGCAGGCGCGGUCUCAGCCCCUCCCGCGCGAGGAUCGUUGCAGGCGACGGGGAGGAGUGGGUGGUAAAUGGCGAGUGUACGGCGUCUUCUGCUUGCUGUGAUCCUUGGGGCCUCGUUUUGCAUAAGUUUAGUCGGUUACUGUCGAGACGGCUCCAUCCCACUGCUGGAUUUGUCAACCAGAGGCUCCCUUGGAGCGGUCCAGGUCACGUAUCACCUUCCUACCACCCCCAAACCCAGCCUCCUCUGCAACUGUUCCAAGUCCAGUGACGCGAGCAGCGCUAGCGAUGCGGUGGACAAGUUCGUGAGUCAGGAGACGGCCGUGGAGAACCUUAUUCCUCUCUCUCAGCUCAAGGAGAAGAUAGAUUUCUCCAGACACGAUGGGCUCUCCUCCCUCGACCACAGAGCUCUCAACCGAUACUACCUGUGUGCCCCCUCCGCCAGAUCUGGCCUGUCAGCAGAGAAGACCACUGGAUCUAUCAAAUGCAAAAAGAGGAGGUUUCUCGAUCGAAGCUCUCCCCUGGUGGCACUGGCCAGCUCACCUGGGUCGGGGAACACCUGGCUCCGGCUUCUCUUGGAGCAAGCAGCGGGUGUCUUCACUGGCUCCAUAUACUGCGACCAUUCUCUCAAGACACACUUCCCAGGGGAGCACAUUGUGAGUGGAAAUGUACUGGUGGUUAAGACACACCGCUGCGACACUAGGGAGUUGCCUGAAGACAUCCAGGAGGGUACAGGGGUCAAGAUGUUUGAUAGAGCUGUUGUUCUAGUCAGGAAUCCAUUUGAUGCUCUGGUGAGUGAGGCCAACCGGAGAUGGAACUCCAGAAAGAACGUUGACAGCCACGUCGGACUGGCCAAUGAAAAGACAUUCAUUGGUAAUUCCAACUGGGACUGGUAUGUGGAGACAAAGAGCAACAGUUGGGGCUAUCUUCUUCACACAUGGCUCAGCCACGCCCACUUUCCCGUCCACGUGGUACAAUACGAGAAACUGGUGAAUAACACGAGACAGGAGCUGAGGAAAGUUCUAGAAUUCCUGGAGGUCUCCCACGACAACCAGACCUUGGACUGUGCUGUUAACAGCGGUAACCAUGGCAACUUCAAGAGAACGAAACACUUGAACUUCAACCCCUUCUCGGAUGCAAACAAGGCCGUUGUGAACCAUGUGUUGAGGCAGGUCACACCCAUCUUGGCACGCCACGGCAUUCUUUACAAAUCUCUGUAAACUCUCGGUCCAGUGUGUGCACCACUGCAGCAGUUGAGUCAGCAAAACACACCACCUGCAGUAUAUAUAGGCUAUAGAAAGGCUGUCUGCGGUUGAGACUGAGACCAACUUGGCCAAGCUGGACAGGUGAAAUUUCUCUCUCUUAAUGGUGACUUACAGAGGGUAGUUUGUUGCUGAUGAGUGUGACAAUAUCGGAGAGCAGCUCCUCCGACUGAGACAGUUCUGUCUCCAGUUGAUCUGGUGGGAGAGAACCAAGUAUCACGAAAGAUGCUGAUUUUUCGAGGAAGAGAGGACGUACGUUCAGUGGCAGGGAUGAGACCGGAGGUUGGGAGUUCGUGACGAGUGGCGUCCAGAGAUACAGCCAGAGCCGAGUGCUGCUGCUGGAGUCUGGGCAGACUACUAAUCACAGGAGCCAACUCCUUUGCCUGUGGACCACAUUAUUAAUAAUAUUGGCUAUUAGCUCUUAAAACUGAAAGUUAAAUAGAGUCAUCAAAUUC